AUGCGUCCAGGCACGUUUAAAACGCCCGUCGUGGGCCCCUCCCUCCAGCUGGAAGAAGUCGGCGACUGGAGGAUGCUGACGCUGACCCCAGGCCCCUCUCCCCCGCAGAGUCCGGCUGCCUCCCUCGAUCCAGAGCCUCCGAGCGCCCCCCUCCCCGACGGCGUCCCUGCCGGCACGCGUCUGUCCCCAGGACGCCCGGCGAGGGCCCCGGGGCCGUGGGCGCCGCCUGGGCUGGAGGAGGCGCUGGGCGCGCUGGGGCUGGAGGGAGAACGCGAAUACGCUGGGGACAUCUUCGCCGAAGUCAUGGUGUGCCGCGCGCUGCCCGGGAGGGCCCUGCCGCGCACCGUGACCCCGGAGAUGCGCGCGCUAGUGGUGGACUGGCUGGUCCAGGUGCACGAGUACCUGGGUUUGGCUGGGGACACGCUGUACUUGGCCGUGCAUCUGCUCGAUUCCUACUUGCGUUCGGGCCGCGUGCGCCUACACCGCCUGCAGCUCCUGGGCGUGGCCUGCCUGUUCGUGGCUUGCAAAGUGGAAGAGUGCGUGCUUCCGGAGCCCGCCUCCCUCUGCCUCCUGGGUGCUGGCUCCUUCUCGCGGGCCGAACUGCUACGCGCAGAGCGCCGCAUCCUGAGCCGCUUGGAUUUCCGGUUGCACCACCCGGGCCCGCUGCUGUGCCUCGGAUUGCUCUCUGCGCUGGCCCGGAGCAGCCCCCAGGUGAUGCUGCUCGCCACCUACUUCCUGGAGCUGUCCCUGCUGGAGGCCGAGGCUGCGGAAUGGGAGCCAGGUCGCCGCGCAGCUGCCGCGCUGAGCCUGGCGCACCGCGUGCUCCACCAGACUGGGCCAGAGCCGGCGCUUUACAGCCCCGCGGAGCUGGCCCCCCUGGAGCCGUGCAUGGCCCGCGCCGCGCUCCGGGGCCCCGCGCCGGGCCGCGCCGCUGUCUUCCUCAAGUACGCGCGACCCCAGCGUGAGGGCACCAGCCUCGCCGCCGCCCGCCUGCUCCGCAGCCCCCAACCCGCGCCUCCCUGAGUCGGGGAAACCCCGUCAAAAAAAGACCUCUCAGUAUGUGUCGGUCUACCACUUCAUUAAAGAGUUUCUUUU